AGCAGUGUUCUCGAAGAUCAAACCAACUAAAUCCGCAGCGCUAUAAUGAAGUUUGCUAUUACUGUUAUUGCAAUUGCGUUGGCGACCGUAGCCAAUGCAUCACCCACUCCGUACGUUCAAGAUGUUGUGACCUAUUCCAACCCAUGGCCACUGAAGUCCAGUACGGUUUGGCCAGCCUACGGUGGUUUGUAUGGCGGUAAGAUCGCUGUGGUUCCAGAUGUUGCCUAUGGAAAGUACUCCUACCCGAGCGUUUUUGGAAGUUGGCCCGCGUAUGGCAAGAGCUGGGGAUACUCUUCACCGGUGGCCGUCGUUGGUGCCAAGAUUGUGGACAAUGGACAGUGGAAUUACGGUGGAUAUGGAUACGGUUAUGGCCUCGGAUAUAACAAGCACUGGCUGUAAACAUGGGAUGUGACAAGCAAUGAUUGUGGUGAAAUAUGUAAAUAAAUAAAUAUUCGAAAUUGAA